AUGUUGGAAUUAAUGCCCAUCUCAAAGAUCGACGACGGAUCAGCUCGUUUGAAGAAGGCCGUUGAUAAAGAGCUGUUCAUAUCAAGAUGCCGAAAUCGGUUGAAAGGAAAGAAAAAUAUGAAACGCUACCUUCCAGAACGCUUCAGCUUCCUCUACCAGUACCUGUGGAAUCAGAUGCCAACGAACGUGUAUGAGAACAUCCUCGGGAAGCUAAAUAAAUCGAAUCAAGAGUUUCAAACGAAAGUCAUUAGCUCGAUGGUGCCGGAUGAGGUGUUGUUCAACCCCAACGAUUAUCGCCCCACAAAGUUCAUGACCGCGAUGAUGUUUCUUGAUGUAUCUGGAUUUACGGACCUGUCGGAGCGGUAUAAUCGACCGGAAAACGGAGGUGCCUCGAAGCUGUCCCAAGUGCUCAACACCUACCUCGGUGGGAUCGUACAGGAGAUCCUCGGACACGGAGGGGACAUUGCCAAGUUUUCCGGUGACGCGGUACUAGUACUGUUCAAGACCAGCUCCUCCGUGUCCCUGCCGGAUGCCAUUCACAGAGCAAUCGACACGGCCAUUGUCGUGCAAUCGUCCUUUGGCCGCUAUGAGACGGACGUUGGUGUUACGCUGCGUAUCAAGAUUGCCAUUUCGGCUGGCGAGGUGCACUUCUCUCUGGUCGGAUGUCCCACCUUUUCACACUACAUCGUCGUAGGACAACCGGUAUGGAAGGUGAAGCUGGCCGAACGAAUAUCUUUUGCCGGUGACAUCAUAGUGACCAACUACGCGUGGAGUUACAUUCAUGAUAACGAAUAUGUGUGGCAAAAGAGUCCGGAUAAGAUGCAUUUCAAAAUCAAAGGCUUUACCAGCUACUGGCGCUCAGCGAAACGAUUGAACCUGGCCGAGAUCAUUAUCAGGGACGACCAGGAUAGUGAAGAAUCGUUAGAUCUGGACGAUGCAAUCAAAAUUGAUAGUGAAAUGUUAGCAAUUCGUCCACGAUUGAAGAAUGUGACGACACGUUUCGUGUAUGCAUCGCUGCAAAAGUUUCUCAUCAAGCCCGUUCUAAACGCCGUGGAAAAUAACGAACCACUGGAGUUGCUGACGGAAAUGCGCCAAAUUGUUAGCGUGUUUCUCAACAUUGUGCUGAAACCGAAAGACGUGGCUGGUUUGAUACUCGAAAUUAAGAGCAUAUUCGCAUCCGUUUGCCAAAUUGUCGAAGGAUACGAGGGAAUUGUGAACAAACUUUCUUUGUUCGAUAAGGACGUAAUGUUUCUAAUCAUAUUUGGCCUCCGGGGGCUGAAGCACGAGAUGGAUAGCCAAAUAGCGCUGCACUGUGCGGGUGAAAUACAGCAAUGCUAUUCCCGGCAUCCAUCGAUCCUAUCCGCGUCCAUCGGCGUAACGACGGGCAUGGCAUACUGUGGCGUUGUCGGGCACACGGUGCGCCGCGAAUACUCGGCAAUCGGGGUCGAUGUGAACAAAGCGGCUCGCCUGAUGAUGGCCUACCCGCACAAGGUGACCUGCGAUAAGACGACCUUCAUGAUGAGCAAGCUGGAUCCGGCCCACUUCAUACUGCAGGACACCAUCCAGCUCAAGGGCUUGCACAAUGUUGGUCCCAUCUACGAGUUUCGCGAGUUCAUCGAAGAAAAGGAACUGCUCAAACCGAUGGUGUACAAUCAUCCGCUCGUUGAUCGAGAUCAGUUUGUGGAACUGUUUCAAGAAAUGAUGGAUGACGGUAUUGCACUAACUCAGCAGGCUGUCCAAGAUACAUCAGCUUACCACACUGCCGGCGAGCAGUGGGUUCAGAAUUGUCUGCUGAUAAGGGGUGAGGCCCAGAUGGGUAAGACGCGCCUGAUGAACGAGUUCUUCUACAUUGCCCUGCGUAACAAGCAUAUCAGUUCGUUAUGUUUCUCCGUUAAGCUAAAGGAUUCUAAGGUACCAUUUUCCGCUGCUAGCUUGUGCAUAUCGCGUCCGCUUGGAUUUACUGAUGCAAUCACACCCAUCACUAGACAGAACCGCAUCAAGCAGUACCUGCGGGAUCACCAGGUCGAUCAGCAUCUGUCGUUGUUGAAUGAGCUGGUCGGGACAAAGUUCCCGCAAACCGAAGCCACCCGUUCCAUGAGCAUCGAAGAAACACGAGCGAUGAGGAAGGAGUUGUUUGAGGCACUCUGCCAUAAGACUUUCCCGAGCACGGACAUGUGGGUGCUCAUCAUCGACGAUGCCGAAUUUAUCGAUGACGAUUCUUUCGAGCUGCUGAACAUCGUUUGGCGCAUGCCGCAGAUCAUUAGCGUGCUGGCAAUCGGUUAUCAGAAGCGGUUGAGCGCGAGCCGCAUUAAAGUAUUCGAUAGCCCGCACGUGUGCCAGGUGAAGCUGCCUCCGAUCGAGACGCUGUUACACAAAGCCAUCGCCUGUCAGUUUCUGAAUGUAAAUGCCAUCCCGCUGGACUUAGAAAGGCUUCUGCACACGAUGAGCGGUGGUAACCCGGGAUGGAUAAACACCUUUCUGCUCUGUCUGCGCCAGACCGGUGCCCUGCGUGUGAAGCGCAUGGGCUACUGUGAGGCCCAGCAGGAGGGUUACGUCUUCUGUGAAUCGCACUUCCUGCAACGAGCAAGUGACAAAUCCUUUGCCCUGGUACGACCGAGCCUUUCGGACUGGCGGCUCUUCGAGACCACGUUCGAUAACAGUGACCCGGGAGAUGAGUUGCCGGAAGAGCGAAGCGAUCUGGUGGCCACCCAGCAUAGCCGAAUCGUAGACGUCGCCAGUCUGACAGGCGAGGCGGACAUCACCAGCUUCUACACCUCCGACCACCUGGAUGCCUUUCAUCUGAUGUUGUACGAUUCACUGUCUGGCUUCGAACAGCUCGUAUGCAAAUGUGCCGCCUUUUUGGGCCAAAAGUUUCUGCGGGCCUGCCUCAUGUACACCAUGGCAACUGAGAGCGAAUGGGACGUAGCCAUCGCGACGAAGAAACUGUUUGACCUUCAAAUACUUUCGUGCGCGAUUGGUGACUUCAGCGAGGGCUUCCGGCUGGCGCAAACCAAUGUUAAUAGCGAGGGAUUACGUCGUGGCGAAUGCGCUUGCAAGGCGCUAGACAUCGAUCGAACAUGCAAGGAUCUACCCAAGUAUGCGGUUUGUGGAUACUCCAAGUUUAACUCCAGGGAGUUUCAUCAAACGGUCUGCAAUCUAGUGACGGAAGAGCAGAAAAAGCAAUACCACACGAAUGCGCUGGUUUUUAUUGAAAGCGAAAUGAAAAAAUGUAACUCUUGUGGAGCUAGACCUUUUCGGAAUUUAAUGACGAGCGAUGAAACGUACGAACUGCAGAGUGGAUGCCGUACUACAGUUUACAGUGGCGCAUACGAAUCUUCGAUGAACAGUAAUACCAGCCGGUUUUCUGUGAGCUCCUCUCGCUACUCAUUUCAAUGGUUGGAUUGUCUUAAACAACGCCGAUCCUCUACGCGACGGGUGGCGUUGCUAAGCUAUGGUGCGUACAACUUUCUCUCUUGCAACUGCAACAUGAUUCUAUACAGUAUGUUAAGUGAGAUAGCGCUGCACAGCAAGGGGGCUGGCAUGAUGGAGAAGUGCAUCGAGGCUAGAUUAGAGUGGGCUCGCAUAUGCAUUAAAAUGAGCAACAUCCCGAAAGCGCUCUCCAUCCUUGACGAAGCGAAACGGUUUAUGGUGCAAAUCGAGACCGCGAAGAAUAUUGCUCUGGUGACGUAUCUGAAGGGACGAAUGUACACCCUACAGGCGAGAGGAAAGUAUUGUCUGGAACAGUACGAUCGUUCGCUCGAGCUAUACUAUCACGCGGCAGAGACGCUCGGUAGAAGCUUUCCGCGUAAUCGCGUGGUUGCACGCUUCAGGAGCACAUUGUUGCUGAACUCCAUAAAGCGGCUGUUGGAGCGCGGACGAAUGCCCGCCAGGAGGAACCUAUUUUAUUGUCUCAUCGUAUCGCAGAUCGCUAGUUGCUUCAACGGAAUGCAUAAGCUGUUCACGAAGCUGUGUGACUGGGACCGGGCGGCACUGGCAGCCAUCUGGGGAUUGGAGCACGCGCUACAAUACCGCAAGGAUUCGACCAUUUUAGUCAACUCUUUCGCGAAUCUCUUCCAUACAGCGUACCAUGUAGGGUUUUCGGAGAGCAUCUACUGGAUGCAAGAGUGCUCGCUUGAGAUUGUCGCAAGCAACAUCGACCAGGUCGAUGCCGACUACCUCCACGCGGUGGUACGCUUCUAUUCGGCCCUCUUUCUCUGUCAAACCUUGAAGUCGAAGAAGGCCUUGUCGAUCGAGUUGGGUCGGGUGGUGCUGCAGAUCACUGAUAAGCUGCAGCAUCAAGCAAACGAAUGGCACAUCAUACCGAUCUUAUGCGAGCUGCUGUUGUCGCAUCGUCGGAUUGCCGACACGGUGGAAACGCUGGCCAGCCUGCAGCGGCUAAUCAUGCACUAUCAGUACCGGACCGGCUACAUCUGGUACCAUGCGCUCUGCCUGGACACGCUGCUCGACACGAGCUGCUGCAUCGAGCCGUACCGAGCGUGCGAGAACUUCUACUUCCAGAACCGGGACUGCUUCGUGGCACCGAGUGAUCCGCUGGCAAGCGGCCGGCUGUUCGCCAAUCUGUGGCUCUGGUGCGUCCGGUAUGGAGCCUGGGUGGCGGCCGACAACUGGCUCACGUUGCUGCAGGAACGGUUUGUGCUGUCGGCGCACGAUUCCACCAUCAACGUGCACACGGCUAUCCGUCUUGCCGAGGGCAUGAUACUGACCUUGAUCUACCACAUCGAGGCCCGCAAUACGCUGAUGAUCGAGCGUGUGCGCAGCAGUAUUGAGGAACUGCUGGCGAGCAUCGAACAGGCGCUUCGCAUCAGCCGGAACCACAUCGCCAAGUACGAGCUGAUGUGCAUCUACUAUCGGCAAGUGGUGGCCCCUAGAACGAUGGUCGCGUUGCGCCGACGAUUGGCAGAGGCCGGCAAACGUGCCACCACCCGGAACGAUCUGCUCUGUCUCGAGCACAUCAGACACACGGCAAAAUUUUGGCAUCGCGAGCUACCGGCGGCCCUGGAAACCUUCUGGUUGGAUCACGCUGCCGGAAGUGAACGAAAUUACGAUGAGUGCGAUAGCGGCGGGAAGCAGGGGAAGCGCAGCUUCAGCGUUCGCAGUUUGGAGCUGCGCAACAGUAGCAGCGCCGGCCACAGUAACGAGCAGCUGUACGAUUAUGCCAGCUGUAUACUGAAUCAUGAAAGAAUCUAUCCUUAUUCAAUGCCAUUGCCAAGAGCUCGGUUCCGCUGA